ACAGACACCAUCAAAAGAACAACAAGUUCUUCAUCUCUUCCACACCUUCAACACCACCGUUACUCCGGUCUCCGGCGGCCGGAAACCAACCUAUAAGUCAUGACAAAGGUGCACCCUAAUGUCGGAGCACAAGAAUUGUCCGGAGAAUUCAACCGCCAGCCAGCUACUGCAGAAACUUCCCUGACAGUGUGGCGCAAGUCACUUCUCUUCAACUGCAACGGCUUCACAGUCUUUGACUGUAAAGGAAACCUUGUCUUCCGAGUUGAUAACUAUUCAUCAACAUGCGCACGUGAGGUUGUGCUCAUGGACGCCGCCGGCAAACCACUUCUCACCAUCCGGCGAAAGAGAUUAAGUAUGAGUGAUGAAUGGUUGGUGUACAAUGGGGAGGAGACUUGUAAGCCAUGGCUGUCAAUGAAGAAACAAAUGAACAUACUGCAGUCAAAGUCUGUGUUAGUUUAUGCCACACGUGUGGGGGGAGUUGGAGGAUACAGUGUGGAAGGGUCGUAUUCACAGCGGAGUUGUAUGGUUUAUGAUGAAAGGCGGCAGUUGGUGGCGGAGAUCCGGCGGAAAGAGGCUGUUGGAGGGGUUGGAUUUGGUGGUGAUGUGUUUCGGCUUGUUGUUCAGCCUGGGCUUGAGUCUGCUGUAGCUAUGGCCGUUGUGGUACUUCUUGAACAAAUGUUUGGAUCUAAAGGAUCCUUUUCAUUGAUCAGAUGAUGAUGAUGAUGAUGAUGAUGAUGAGAACGUUGAGAAGAGAAAGGAUUGACUCUUCUUGUGCUCAUGUACGUGGCUGGAGUUUUAGAAAAUUAAAAAUUUAUAUCAUGAAUUAAUAUUGGUGCCUUUUAUGUAUUGUGACAAGGUUUUCUUUUUAUAUAAACCGUGCACUGAUAAAAGGUCAAUCAAGUAUUUGUAAGCAUAUAUUGCUCUUAUAAAAAACUUUCCCAAAAUAUAUAUAUAUAUAUUUUUUAGAACA